AUGCGUGCUCUUAUUAUUUUGGCUUUAGGCCUGGUGGUGGCGACUGCCAGUACAUCAGCAUCCAGGAUCGUGGGUGGUUCAGUUACGUCCAUCGAACAGUAUCCAUUUGCUGCUGCUCUGCUGUCCUCUUCGACUGGCUUAUUUUUCGGGCAAAGCUGCGGUGGUACUAUUAUAAACAACAGAUCAGUUCUCACUGCUGCCCACUGUUUUAACUUUAACUCACAACCUUUUCAAUGGCGUAUACGAGUUGGCUCCACUAACUAUAAUAGCGGUGGUGUUCUUGUAACAGUAAAUAUGAUUAUCCGUCAUGGCAGUUACAAUUCUGGAACUGGUGACAAUGAUGUUGCGAUUAUGAGAAUUGACGGAGCUUUCAAUUUUAACAACAACGUACGUGCGGCUCAGAUCGCUGGCUACAACCCCGCUGACAACGCGCUUGUGUGGGUAAUUGGAUGGGGAGUACUUAGUUCUGGAAGCUCAGUACCAUCGGUACAACUGCGCCACGUGCAAGUAUAUGUGGUAAACCAAGCAACCUGCAGAGCUCGUUAUGAUGAAUUAGGUGGCAGACGAGUCACCGACAACAUGAUAUGUUCCGGCGUCCUCGAUGUCGGAGGUCGCGAUGGUUGUCAGGGUGACUCCGGUGGUCCCGUCCUCCAUAACAAUAUUGUCGUCGGUAUAACCUCUUGGGGAAGAGGAUGCGCUCAACCUCGUUACCCUGGUGUCAACGCUCGUGUAUCCCGCUACAUUUCUUGGAUUCAAAAUAACAGUUAAAUGUAAAUAUGAGGAAAAUAAUAACGACGUGCAAAGAUGUAAAAAUUUGUAAACAAGAAAGUUUCUGUUUUGGAAUAAUUUAGCUAAUUAUAUAAUUUUAUUGGACAUAUGUUUUUAUAACAAAAUCAUGUAAAGCAAAAGAUAAAAAAAUUUAAUGUAGUUACA